GCCAUAUAUACUACGGUCCCAUGCAGUUCUCUUGCUACUUGGUGUCAGCUUCUCGACGAUCCUUACUGUUCAUAUACAGAGAGUACGCGAUAAUAAAAGAUGAACCUCCUCAUCUUCCUCGCGUUAGUAACUCUGGCCUUGGCCGACCCAGGACUCCUUAGGGUUCCUAAAGUGUAUAACGCGGUGAUUACCAGUAAUCAAAAUCUCUCUCCGUCAAGAGCGUACCCGGUCAUUCAACCUGUGAUCCAUCGAACAGCGGUCGGUUACGUGCCACCGAUUUAUUACACACAAGUGGCACCUCACCUUGCCGAGUCAGAUGUGCCGUACCUUUCUCAAGGAGCCCAAAAACCGAAUCAACCUGAAAACCAAGCCUCAGCUACGACUAUCGAGCAAUCGAAACCAGCCAAUGUCGAGGACGCCAAAGACGUUAAAGUGGAGGCGAACACAGAUCCGAAGGACAUCAGUUCAAAGCCGAAGGCCAGGGAACAGGAACCUUUCAGUUUCUAUCCUAAUUAUCAAUCGUUGUACUACGAUCCUUAUUUCUACACGUACAAUGGAUUGAAUCCUCAGCUGGUUCCGGGCACGUACUACGCGGAUUAUCAACCCUACGGGACUCUCGAACCGAUUCCCGCGUCCACACCGAAGAACGGGCUCUCCGAGCAUCUGCUUCCAGCAUACCACGAGGAAAAAAAGUUAACUACAAAUGAGCGGAAAGAGAAAAUACCGGAUGUACCGCCUCCUCCACUUCCGACAGCCGUGCCGAAAAGUUCCUGAAGUAAUUCAGCGAAUUCGAUAGGAUUUACUUUUAAUUAAUUAUGCUUCACAAGAUUAUCAGACUGAUCAUUUUCUAGUGUUUCGAUGGAACGUGCAUGGAGUGACUUUAAUAUUGGCUUAGGUAUAAAUUACGUGCUUUAAAAUCAUUUUCUAGAAAUCCUGUACAUCUCUUAAUGAGUUGACACUGUAAAAAUGUUUUAAG